UUUAAAGGAAGACGAGUAUACUGUAUUCGUGCUUCGUAGAGAAGAGGACGGAGAGUCGUGCAUAGAAAAAGUGCAACUUGAAGGGAGCAAGUCUAAUUAUAAGCGAUACAAUCACUUUGUGUGAUACAUCGCUAGAAAGAAUUGUGAAAUCGGGCGAGGUUGAUUUUUUUCGCACGCGUGAAUUCGACGAAACGUUAUUCUCGAAUUCCGUUACAUCUUGGCAUUAGGCUCGUGUGCUCGGUAACGUGACAAGUGUCGUUGAUGAGCCAAUAGAAUUCUCGACGAAUCCGGUUCCUCAGCGGUAUGUCGGCGCCGUCGUUGAAGGAUCACCAGUCAUCCCGGCGGAGUUCCAAGAUAUGCUUCCCGAUGAAUUCGCGGCAGUGACCUAUCCUAACAAGAUUGCAUCUGUCCGGUGCUGAGUGAUCGAACGAUGGAGCACCAGGACCAAAAUCAAACGGUCAAAGCGAAUGGAGACGAGGAUCUACAGGCAAAGAUCCAUAGAUUGGAGUCGGAAAAUAUUAAAAUGCGAGAGGAAUUUAAUGUACAAAGAGCCAAGAUGAAGGAAUUGUUUCUUCAGAAAGAAGAGGAAUUAAAAAGAAGAUUAGAGGAGAACACAGGCCUGCAAAAGGAGAAUCUAAGACUAAAAAAUGAACUGGAUGAAGCAAAGAGUCAACUAGUUGUUGCAGAUCUUAAAAUACAAAAUGAUAUAUUAGUAGAGAAGAGGAAAGCUGAAGAAGAGAUAGCAUCUUUACAACAGGUUAUUCAUGAAACAGUAGAAGAAUCUUCUUGUUCAAGAAAGCAGCUUGUCAGUGAAGUAUCCAAGUUACAAUUAGCUCUUUCUAAGCUUCAAGAAGAAAAUGCACUAUUGAAAACGCAAUUGCCACGUGAUCCGCCAACAGAUGGACCACAAAUCUCAUUGUCUACAGUAACUAAAACAUUAGCUAGAAAAGUGGCUUCACAGUUAGGUGCAGAUUCUUUAUCUCUAGGUCCUGAUAAUUUAGAAGAAAGCAUGCGGAAGGUAAAAAAAUAUGCACAAGAAGAUGCAGAAGUUUUACGUUCGUUGGUUGUACCACUUGAAGAAGAAAUAAAAGCUUUAAAAGAAAAAUUAAGGUCAACCGAUGAUGAACUGCAAAAAUCUAAAGACAUUUUAUUAAAAAGACGGCAGCAAGAGCCUGGUUCCUUUGAGCCAUCAUGUGAUAUGUGUGCAAAUUAUGAAGCACAAUUAGUCAAAGUAGAAGCGACUGCUAAAAAUUUGGAGAAGCAGUUAUUGGAUUCUCAACGUAUGCUACAAGCUCAAAGAGAGGACUUAGCUAAAGAAGUUGAAUUUCGAAAAGAAAUGGAAGGAAAGUGGAAUGAGAAGAAGGAGGAGCAUAAAAUCAAAGUUGCAGAGCUCACAGCUACCUCGCAAACGACGCAACAAAAUUUAUUAGAGUUAAAGAAAACUUUCGAACAAGUUCAGAGGAGUGUAACAGAAGAGCUUUGUAAAUUGACACGAGGUAGAGAAGAAGUACAGAGACAUCUCACUGCACUUCAAGCAGAAAAUGAGAAUCUGGUGGGUAAGCAAAGCAAACAUUCACAACAACUUCAAAGUGAAAGUAUCAACAUGCCAAAUACUGUUGAGGAAUUGCAAUUUAGCCUUUUAAGAAUGCGCGAAGAUUUAAUUACAGCCAAAGUAGCUCAAGAAGUAGCACAAGAGAAGGAAGAAACACUACGAUAUGAAGUCACUCUUCUGAGAGAACAAAUGGAACAGGAGAGUACAGUUAAAGAACAAGAGAAUUCUGUGUUAAAAAAUGAAAUAAGUGGAUUAAGAGUGCAAUUAGAUAAGUACAUAAGAGAUCAUCAUAUACUUGCUGAUAGAGAAAAGAAACUUGAUCAGUUAGAAAAACAGCUACAGGAAACCGAGAAAGAGAAGAAAGAUGCAGAAUCGGCCGUAACUGAACUACAACAGAGAGUUAAGAGUUUGCAGCAAGAAUUAGAUACUAGUGAAGCAGUGCAAAAAGACUUCGUGAGAUUAUCACAGUCAUUACAGGUACAACUGGAAAGGAUUAGACAGGCAGGUAGCGAAGUAAGAUGGCAACAUGAAGAGGAUGUUGAAGAAUGUCCUACUUGUCAUACUACAUUCUCAGUUACAAAGAAAAAGAUGCAUUGCCGUCACUGUGGCCAUAUAUUUUGCCAAUCUUGCCUCUCGCACGUCGUGAAUAGCGGGCCGCAACAAAGACCAUCCAGAGUCUGUGAUGUUUGUCAUACUUUAUUAGUGCAAGAUACUGCACCAUACUUCAGCCAAGAAGCUCCACAUACACCUGACUAAAUGUCUUGAAACGACGAUCUUAACGUAGUUCAACGAGACGUGCAAUAUCUGAGAGUUAGAAAGGUUCAUAGUGUAAAAAUAUGGGGUUAAGGUAUAAGAAAUUCCUAUUACCUGAGAACCGAAGUGAUACAACAAAUAUCGUGUAAAUAUAAAAAGUUAUGUACUAUCUAAAUAGUUAUUGUAAUUAAACAAAUUAAAGCUUUUGAAUGUAUGUGAGUUAUCCAGAAAAA